AAUUGAUCUACAGUCCACCAUGACGUCCGACGAAAUCUCCGCAGAAAUUCUCGCCCAGUUCGCACAAACCCCAUACGCCUGCACCAGCCUCACCAAAUUGAGUGGAGGAACCGCCAACUUUGUCUAUCGCGGAUCUCUGUUACAUCCGCUACCCGAUGGCACCGACACUGUCGUCUUCAAACAUGGCAAGGACUAUUUGGCGUCGAAACGAGAAUUUACGCUGUCUACAGAGCGUUGUAUCAUCGAAGAAAACGCCUUACAAUCACUGAAUCACUUUUCGGAGUCCACAAACACAAACACAGAUGGCGCAGGCGAAACCCGCCACAUCACCGUCCGAACCCCUCACCUCCUCGCCUCCCAUCUAGACACCUUCACCCUGGUGCUAGAAUGUCUCCCCAACGCCACAGACCUCAAAUCUCUCCUCGUCGGCGCACCGGACGCCCUGUCCCGGCCCCACGCCGUGGCUAUCGGCCGCGGGCUAGGCACCUGGCUCAGCGCAUUCCACGCGUGGUCCGCAGCGCCGGCGCAAACUGCGCUCGCGACGCAGCUCGAGAAGAACCAUCUCAUGCGCGAUCUGAAGUUCUCCGUUAACUACGAUGGUCUAGUCGGCAUGGUGGAUUCGCGUCCGGGCUUGCUGGGCGAGAAUCGCGCUGUGUUCGAGCAGGUGCGCGAUAUGGCUGCUGCGGAGGUGGGAAAGACUGAGGGGGCAGGGGUUGGGCCUAUCCAUGGGGACUUUUGGUCGGGGAACAUCCUCCUCUCCAACCCAAACCCAACCACCACCACCACCACCCUCCUAGUCACAGACUGGGAACUCGCCCACGUCGGCCCCCACGCCCUCGACCUAGGCCAGAUGCUCGCCGAACUGUACCAGCUCAAAUUCUACAAGAACAUCGACGCGGGCGAGUGGAUCGCGCGCGCUUUCAUCGAGGCAUACCCCGGUCUCAGCGAAGACGUGGCGUUCCGGGCGCUGAUCCAUGUGGGCGUUCAUUUUAUUUAUUUUGGGAGUGUUGUCCCCGGGUGGGGCGAUGAGGGGCAGGUU